GUUUCUGGGAAUUUUCGAAUUUUUUUUGGUGGAGUACUUCGAAAAAUUUCUCUUCGGUGCCGCAAAGGAAACUAAUGACACACAGCAGGAUGGUGAGUCAAUAACAGGUACCACAUCUACCUCUAACGGGAUUUCCUCUACAUGUAGUGUAUCCGAAUUUCACCUGUACGUAACAGUGUUCAGGAGGCGGAGCAGCAGAAAAUUUUUUUGUACAAAUUUCUUCCUACAACAUCAUCCUCAGGAGGCUCUCCUGGCGAAUGUUCGAGCUUUUUUACUUGGGAGGCUAUUCAGAUAGGAGGAGACCAUCAUGGCGGAUUCUCGGGUACGAGUGCAAAAGAAAAUCAAAAGGUCUGCACAGGAGCAUCAAAAUCUAAGUUGGUC